AUGAGCCAGCCAGAGGGAAGACUACGGCAGCUGCUGCACCACAUCAAGGACAACUUUGUCCCUCAACAGCAAGAGCCGCCCGUCCCAGCCAACAACACCGUCCAUGGACCUGCAGCACACACGGGCCCUCGAGUACACAACUAUCAUGAGCUCAAUCCGACCCAGUUCCUCCCUAAAGUCGCAGCCAUCAACCCCGACUUGCCGGCCAUCCUGCAUUAUUCUGCAAAUGGCACGCGGCUCGAGUACAACUAUGGCGAAUGGUCGCAGCGAUCUUGCCAACUGGCCUACUACAUGCGUAAGAAUACAUUCAAGCGCAACAAUGUCGUUGCGAUACUAGCCUCCAACACGCCCAUGAUGCUCGAGGCCUACUUCGCCAUCCCAGCAGCAGGUGGUCGCUUCACGGCACUCAAUUAUCGUUUGCAAAAGAGUGACAUUCAUUACUGCUUGCGCAAGACCAAGGCAUCGACCGUCCUUGUCGAUCGUGAGUAUUAUGAUCUCGUCAAGGAGAUGGCAGGAGAGGUCGAUAUCGUCGUGGAUGAAGACAUUGACGGUAAGACUGGCGCUUACGCAGAGAUGUUGCAAGAAGGUCAGCGCAUCAUGGAUGCAACGGCCGGUACAAAAGGUUGGGCAGGUUUACCGUAUGAAGAGGUUGAUGAGAAUUCGGACUUUUGCUACAUGUUCACUUCUGGAACAACUUCUCUCCCUAAGGCUGUUACUUUUACGCACCGUGGAGUAUAUAUGGGCGCUCUUGGCAAUCUGAUUGAUUCGCAACUCAACUGCGGCGAUGCAUUUGGUGGCAACAACGCAAAUUACCUCUGGACGCUGCCCAUCUUUCAUGCAGCAGGUUGGUGUUUCCCCUGGGCUGUCACACUCGCACAGGGUCGCCACAUUACACUUCGUAAGAUGGACUACGGCAAUGUCUGGAAACUCUUGAAUGAAGAAGGUGUCACACACCUUUGCGCAGCACCCACAGUCUGCACACUGCUCAUCAACCAUCCGGAUGCACGCAAACUCGAACGACCUGCUCGUGUCAUUGUUGCUGCGUCACCCCCCUCUGCGUCACUAUUUAAGAGUAUGCACGCCCUCAAUCUCAAUGGAAUUCAUGUCUAUGGCAUGACAGAAACAUACGGCCCCAUGAUGCGCGGCUACUUCAAGCCUGCAUGGAAGGAAGGUUCAGAAGCCGACAUGUACCGAAACAUGGCGCGCCAGGGACACGGCUUCUCCACCUCCCGUGCAGUCAUGGUCAUCAAGCCGCAACCAGAAGAUCAUGUCCACACAGGCACAGAGCAGCUCGUUGAAGUUGAGCACAAUGGCCGCGAACUCGGUGAGAUUGCCAUUCACGGAAAUCUCGCCAUGAAAGGCUACUAUGAUGACGUUGAGGCGACACGUCUGACAUUUAGAUCAAAUUACCUGUUGACAGGAGAUUUGGCAGUCGUGCACCCUGAUGGCUAUGUAGAAAUUCAGGAUCGCGGCAAGGAUGUCAUCAUCUCUGGUGGAGAAAACAUCUCCUCCAUUGAAGUCGAGUCGUGCAUCCUCAAGAUGCCAGCAGUGCUCGAGUGCGCCGUCGUUGCCAAGAAGGAUGAAAAGUGGGGCGAGAUCCCAGUGGCUGUCCUGACGUGCAAGAAUGGCCAGGCCGUAUCGCAGGAUGAAGUGAUUGCUUGGGCUCGCAAGACCCUUGCUGGAUACAAAGUGCCGAAAGAGGUUGUGCUCGUCAAGGAUCUCCCUAAGACUGGUACGGGGAAAGUCCAGAAGAAUGUUCUGCGAGCGAAAAUCAAGGCUGGCGAAGCAUUGUAG